GUGGCAGUGACCCGACAGGUGGCAGCGUCGUCGAACCUCCUCCACGCUCACUCCACACACCUCGCCCUCACAGGAAGGAAUCACGCAUUUCCCUCUCGCUGCCAAAGAUGCUUCGUUACUGUUUAUUAGCCUUGGCCCUUGUGGGGUGCGUCUUCUCUGAAGGUGAAGGCGAGGAGAGAGCAAGACUGCUGGCGGCCAAGAGGGUACACAACCUGUACCUUGUUGAAGGCCGAGAUAUUGUUGUGCAGUAUUCUGUACACAACGUUGGGCAGGCUGCAGCUAUCAACGUCCAGCUCACUGAUGCAGGCUUCAGCUCUGAAGACUUUGACAUUGCUGGUGGCCAGCUGCAAGUGAAGUUUGACCGUAUUGCUCCAAACGCCAAUGUGUCUCACACUGUUGUUGUUCAGCCCAAGAAGUAUGGUUACUUCAAUUUCACUGCUGCUGAGAUUUCUUACCAGCCCACGGAAGAUUCUGCAGAGAUCCAGAUUGGCUACACCUCUGAACCUGGUGAGGGAGGCAUCAUUGCCUUCAGAGACUAUGACAGGAAGUUCUCUCCUCAUGUGUUCGACUGGUUCAUCUUUGCCCUCCUGAUGAUCCCAGCCCUCCUGGUGCCCUUCGUAAUGUGGUACAACAUCAACUCCAAGUACACUCCCGUCACACGCGCCAAGAAGGGCAAGAAGUCUGACUAGGUGCUCAACUCAAGACCAAUAGGCAAUUGUACUUUUAGGAAGUACUGGAAGAUUUUUUUUUUUUUUUUCAUCUGACGAAGACACUUUUGUGACUCAAGUGCCUCUUAGGAGCAAGUGAACUUCAAAGACCUACAUCAGAUUUGAAGGUGACUGGACACAGCAGUCAAGACCAACAUAAAGUUUAUUUAAAUGCAAGUGAAUUUUUUUGUUUUGUGAAUAUAGUUUAUAUUCAAAUGAAUAAGUGUACCUGUAAUGAAAAAUUACCAGGAAAUUAAGUGCUUUUGGUUAAAAUAAUGGGAAUUGUGCUGUGGACAAAAAUAAUUUAAGUGUGAAUGACCCUGAAGGUGUACAUUUUUACAGUGUGAGGAACUUGUUGUAUCUGUAUGUGUGUUGGAAAUAUAAAUGUAUGUUAAUUUUUUUAUGGAAAUUAAGAAAGAUUCUCCACAAAA